AUGGCGGCCUGCCUCUCGAGUGGUCGCCUGGCCACCCAUGCCUUGGCAUGGGCCUUGGCCCUGGCUGCGCACGGGGAGUCACCAGCUAGCUGCCUUUCGACCUCUGCGGAGUACAGCUGCAUCGCCAACACGUCUUGUGGCAACGAGGCCAUGGCCACACAUCUUGGGCCAAUGUCCCUGGAGGCCUGCCUGGCAGCCUGCCAGGGAUUUCAGGACUGCCAGGUCAUCCAGUACCACUGCAACACUUUUUGCCUUCUGCUGCGCGACUGCGGCACCCAUGCAGACACCGCCUGUGGCGGCAGCCUGUACCUGCGAAACCUGGACCGCGCUCCCGGGACGGCCCUGACCACAGAGUCAGUGGACCUGAGCAAGUGCUACGAGGGCUAUGCUGGCGAUGGCCAGGUUCUGGAUGACUUCACCUGCACCGAGGCUUCGUACUGCGCGGACAAGGGCUGGGGCGUGAAGGACCACCACGGAAUGUCUCUGCUUCGCUGUUCGGCUCUCUGCCGCGCGACGAACUGCCAAGCAUUCCAGUUUGGUUGCAGCAACUCCUGCACACUCUUCCCGACCAUCACCGACUGCACCGUGAAAGGCCCCAGCACUUGCAGCAGCAUUUACUGGAGGCUGCACAACCGAAGCGAGACAGAAGUGAGCCUUGCCCUGGGGAGGACAGCUGCUUACAGCCCCCAGGCCUGUUCCUUCCAGGGCUGCUGGGUCUCAGCGCAGUGCCCCGCGAACUCAAGACCGGUGGCCUGCCAGACCGUCCCCCCGAACUCGGGCCACGGCGUCUACUCCACCGACCAGGGCUGCGCGGCCCAAGGCUCAGGUGAGGCGAUUCUGGCGGAGGCCAUCUGCAUGCAGGGCUUCAGCACAAGCUCGGUGCGCUCCGCCUGGGGCAUCGACAACAUGACGCUGAGCUGUCCCAGUGGCUUCCUGCCCGUCGCUUGCAACUGCCUCCAAAACAGCUGGUCCGUGGGCGAGCCGUGCACCGGGCUGAACGAAUUCCCGCCGACAUUUUCGGCUGAUGGACAUCUUGUUUGCACGCGCGACAUCGACUCAGGUCUGGGGGCCUUUGUCCGCAUGUCCUGGAACAUCGGUGCUCGUAUCAGCGCGAUUUGCCUCCCAACGACGGGCACGGUGCUGGAGUACUCGCUGUUCAACACCCGAGACAGUGCAGGAAGUGCCGCAGAGUCAGAGGCGCGCUACUGCGGCUGGGCCAAGACACACAUCCGAAAUGAUGUUGACUGCAGUGCCUGGAUGCGGAAUCCACUUCCAGAUGGAGGCUGUAAUAUGUCGGAGUGCCAAGGACUCGCGGACUGCGCGGAAGUCUGCACUGCUUGCAGCGUCUGCCAGGGCAUCUAUUUCUACUUGGGAUUGGGCAAUGUGGAUGAUGCAUCCUAUUCACAAAGUCCAGCUCGCUGCUACUUCCAGGGCGAUACCCUGAACAACAUCAACAUGGCUGUAGAAGGCUAUCCCUCGGUGGCAACCGCCUCCUCCCCAUGGGCCGUGUACGUCAACAGCCGAGAUGCCCGCUGUGGCCCGGAGCGCUUCCUGCGCGGAGUCAGCUUCUUUCAGGACAGCCUUUGCACUGAGCUGGUUGUGCCUUCGACACUGGUCGCCUCGGCAUACAAGGAUGGGACCAACUACACCCUCAGAGCUGGCUGGUGGAAGAUUCCAUCCAGAUUCGCUCCUAGGUCGUGCUCCUCCUGUCCCGCCAAGAGUCUCCGAGUCACCGCUGUCUUUGACCCUCCGGUGUCCGUGCUUUGUGCCAUCGUGGACAGCUCCGUGGACUUUGCCGCUGGCUGGACAUUGAGCCAGGGGAGCUCCAUUGACUCCGCCUUCGCGCAGUCUGUUUCGGGAUCCCUGGUUGCCUUCGGCAGUGCCCACAAAAGCAGGUCGGCUCCUGUGAUGGUGCGGGGAGCCACUGCCACUCUACGUGGCACCAUGCUGCUGGCAUGUGCCCUGAGCGUCUGCCCCAAAGACUCCAUCUACCUCCCGCAGCUCCUGGCGGGUGCGAUGGCGUCCGUCCUUGGACUCCGUCAGCACAUGAUCGACUUCCACGGCAGUCCGGUGAGAUCGGAAGACGAACGCCAAGUGGCUCAGUCGUACGCCUUCGUCAUGGUGGUCAAGAUUGUGGUGUCCACGCCGGCGGACGUGGGCUCCUACUUGAACGCUGCAGCGCUUCUCAAGCACAUGCGCUAUCACUUGGCCGUCCUCACAGAAGCACUCCAAGAGCUUCACUCCCUUCCCUUCACGGUCCAGCAGCUCAGCACCUUCACAGAGCACGUCUCUGUCCCCCAAGCUCUCCACGCCUUGCCAACCCUGCCGACUCCCCGGGCAUCGACGACGACGCCGAUCACUACGAGACCACUGCAGGAGUUGGCUGGUAGUCUUAACGACCUGGGCCACAGCGCGUACUUCAUCGCCUUUGUGGGACUUAUCGUCCCUAUCCUCGGCUUCAUCUGA